UUAAGAAGGCUCAGACCGAUAUUACUCAUGCUUUAAAAGCCCAAAUUCAGAGACGCUUUACUUUGUGUAAGAUGCAUCGAGCUUACCAGCCAAUUUUACCAUGUGGCAACAAGUAUCUUCAGCUAAAAUGGGACAAAGCAAAGUAUGAAGAACACAAGAAAAGGAUCCAGGCAGCCAAACCAUUAGUGGACACAAGUACCCCUGCAACAUAUGGCCACCUUCAUCUGAAGUUAGGGAAGCUGAAGUUGGAGGAAGAUCGACUUUCAGUCAUCGAAAGAGACAACCGUUUGCUGCUGAAGAAGAUGUCCUGCAUCAUGAGGACAAAAGGACAAAUCGACAAUAAAAAUGACUAUAAGGCCAAAAGUUUAAAUAGGGAACAACGAAAGAAGGAGCUGCUGAGAUUGAGCCAAGAAAACCGUGCCAUUCUGGAUAGAAUUACAAAGUCUGAGCCUCAGUAUCAAGUUCACAGAUGGCAUGAGCAUUGGCAACAAGCUGAAAAAUACAGGGCCAACAUUACAAGAUAUCCUCGUGGGCAGUGUAAAGCACAGAGCCAAAAGGAAGAAACAUUUAGAAAGCAAGUACCGAAACAAGACAGAAGAAGAGGGAAGCAGCUGAAGGAAGAAAGUAUGAAAAGUAAGAUGAAGGAAAAGUUCUUCAAGAGAAAACAUAUUAAAAUCACAGACUGAUCUCAGCAUAGCCAAGCAAGGUUCUCUCAGAAGACAAAGCAACUGAAACCAAGAAGUCAUAAAUACUAGUUUUUGUUUCAUUUGAAGUAGAGUUGCAUCUGUAAUCAUUUUGGAGGCUGCCAGCUUUUUAAACAGACACCCCAGCAACAGCUGUUUACUUCCUGGAACUUGGAAAUGCUUUCUAAGGCAUUUUCUCUUUUCUCAUUUGCAAUACAGUUCAGUGAACAGUGUUUGAAGUGCUAAUACGAUGAAAACUUAUUUUCUGAAGCACAUAAACUCUAAAAUGCAAGACUAUCUUUACUGCACUGAACCGAGACAUAGCGGAUACCAUGGCCACCAGCUCUCCAGUACUACAGGGAAUCUGCCAUAUAACUUGCAACUCGUGAGAGCAGCAAAGCCCCAGGCUCCCACAGCGGGAUCCAAAACCCACCAGGCUACAGAGAGAAGCUUCAUUGCACCCAAGCACCUGAGCCAACAAGGAAAGAUUAUUCUUGUUUGCCCUAAGUAACAAUGGUACUUGCCCUACAGGCUGUUGCAAUACCUCUCCUAGACUGUAGUGAGUGUGCCUAGAUCGCAGAUGGGCUAAUGCCCAUGCACCAAUCAGCUGCAGGGCUCCACAGCUGGAUGGAUUUCAUCUCAAGUCGCAAGCCAUCACAGGAGCAGGCCAGGCCAGAAGAAAUAAUCAUUUGUUGUGCACAUCUGUUACAACCAUCACAUCCAACAAGGACAAGUCAACUGUUCCUUCCGACAGUAUUUUGUUUCUAAAAGAAAGGGUAACUCCUCUUUGAACAAGUGCCAAAAGACUGUAAUUUAGUGAAUCCAACUACCUCCUCUCAAUAUCAGAAGGAAUAUACCUGCCUGCCUUUAAUAGCAAUUCUAUUUUUUUAAAUAAAAAUGUCCUAUGUCCUUAUGGCUGAAGUCAAACACUCAUAAAGGCCCCUGCUUUGCAUGGUUCCAGGUUGGAUCCUCAGGCCAUUCUAUAAGGGGCGAGCUAUCCUUUGCAAGUUGUGGUAUCAAACCAAACAAAUUUCUUGUUUCCUUUUGUUUUUUAAAAGCUUCAAAUAAGGAUGAUGAUAGCCUAAAAUAUUUGACUGAAUGCCACUACAUUAUAAUUGAGCAGCAAAGUUAUUGUCUUCAAAUCCCUGGCUCCAAAGGCAGAACACUUUGCUAUUGAAACACUGGUACAAUUAUAAGCCAAAUAACUGAAACAAAGCAAAAGUAAAGUACCAUUCUAAAGAGAGUGUCAAGAGUUAUAGGAAACUAUAACCUGAGAGUCAGAUUCUGCUUCCAUUUUCACUACUGCAAAUCUAAGCUAACUACCUUAUCUUUAUUGCAAUCACUAUGGAUAUAAAAAAACCUUCCUUCAAGAAUCCAUAGCAGGAAGGGAACUCAUGAUGAAGCUUUAAAAGAUGGCUGAGCUGAACCACCAGCUCACUGCCAUUGAAAACAAGAGGUCACUCUCCUCAUCAUCCUUGCACAACUCUUCCACUAUGUUUAUCUUGCCUGAGCUAAUUCAACUCAGUAAUCCAGCAUAAAGGUAACUAAGGAAAGCUUUUUUUUUUUUUUUGAAAGGGGAAUAUUUUUAGUGAGUUCAAUCAGCUCACUGAUGAUGAAUGUAAAAUUAAGGCCACAGUUGAUGCAAGGAAGAAUUAAAGACACAUAUUCCUUCAGUAAAGUGGAAAAAUGGUUACUCACUGCCUGGCAGUAUUUAACACCAAAAUAGCUCUAUUAAGGUUCAGGAGAAACACAUGCAGCAGAGCAAAAACUGUCUCAACUCAAUAAUCCAUCUUGGUUACCAUGGAAAAGUCAGGGUUUGUCCAAGUUAGAAAUGAGUAAUCUUGUAUUCACCACCCCCUUUUAACCGGACAAACACCAAAUAACAGCCUAUUCAUUUUAUUAUUUCUUUAAAUUUAUCACAAUAAAGGAACAGAAUAUUAUUUGAAUAUUCCAAAGUCAUUAUUUUUUUAGACAGAUUUUUUAUUAUUUCAGGAGAAAAAUUUGCAGGCCCUGGAUUUCCUGGAUUUCCAAGCCCUGAAUUUAAGCAAGAAUAAUGAGUU